AGCAGAAGCAGCGUUACAGAAAAAGCACUUAUCAAUGCUAGACCGUCUCUCCAAACGCCAACAAUCCCGUUCAACCAGCUCCACUGACCCUUCCACCGAAUCAACUUCCUCCUUUCUCUCCCGCUUCUCCGAACUAAAAUCCUCCAUCGAGUCUCAUCUCUCCGACUCCCAAUCAGUUGCUUCCGAUCCAUCUCAGCUUAAACCGCAUUUGGAUAAAAUCUCCGAAUCAAUCUCCGAUUUGGAAAAACUCGUCGCUCAAAGCUCCUACUUUCUUCCUUCUUAUGAUGUUCGAUCUUCCCUUAAAACUGUUUCCGAUUUGAAACGUAGCCUUGAGAAUCUCAGCUCCGAGCUUAUCCCUAAAAAGAAAUUCUCCUUCAAGAAUAAGGCUAGUAAGAAAGAGCGAGAUUCCGUUGUUCCAGAAUCCAAACAAAGUAUAGCACCGGUGUACAAUUCCGUCCAACCGAGCUAUGUGGCGCGUGAUUCUCCAGGGUUUAGGAACAAAACCGGUGAGGUUUUGGUUGGAGAGUUUAAAGAAUCGGAGAUCGGGGAAUUCACGAUUUCGGAUCUAGAUUCUUGUGAAGUGAGGAUUAUUGGUUGCAUUAGGGCGCUUUUCAUUCAUAGAUUGAAGGAUUGUAGGGUUUACGUUGGGCCAGUAACGGGAUCAAUUCUGAUUGAGGAAGCUGAGGGUUGUGUUUUCGCGAUUGCGUCGCACCAGAUUCGGAUUCAUGGUGCUAGAAGAAGUGAUUUCUACCUUAGGGUUAGGAGCAGGCCUAUAGUUGAGGAUUGUAAUGGUGUGAGGUUCGCGCCCUAUUGUUUGAGUUAUGGAGGGAUUGAAGAAGAUCUUCGAGGUGCUGAUCUUGAUGCUGAGACGGAAAAUUGGGCCAAUGUGGAUGAUUUCCGGUGGCUACGUGCGGUGCAAAGUCCGAAUUGGUCGAUUUUGCCGGAGAAUGAGAGGGUUGGGAUUGUUGAUAUAUCUAAUUCAGGAAGUAGUGACAGGAAUUUGGUUGUGUUGCCAAAUAUUGGUACAGUGAAGUGUAAUGGAGAUUCUGUGAGAAGCCAAAUCUGUUGCAGCCAUAACAGGCAUUAGUUCCGGUGUAGAAUU